AUGCCCGCCGACUAUCAUUCCACCGCCCAGGCUCUGGCCCUCUCGCCGGACCGCAGCACACCCUCGCCCUCGCCGAACCGCCCUCCCUGGGCUACCUCCGAUUCAACCUCGCACACUCGUCGCCUCUCGAACCCGCUCAUGCGUAGGAGGAGGAGCAGCGUCGCCGGAGCCAGCCCGGGCUUUGCGCGACGCAUCUGGGCGUCGGUGAACCUCCUCGGCGAGCAGACCCUCAAGAUCUACCUCCGCAUGUCGCCCCUGCAGCGGCUCCUCGCCGCUCUCGGCGCCGUCGUAAUCGCUGUCCUGGGCGUCUUGGCCAUCAUCUUUUCGCACGCCUUUUUCAAAUGGCUCGAUCCUGUCGCCGAGAAGUGGCGCGCUCUCCCUGGCGGUUGGAUACUGGCCUUCCUGCUCGUCUUUGUCACGUCGUUCCCGCCUGUUAUGGGCUACUCGACUGCGAGCACCAUCGCAGGCUACGUCUACGGGUUCCCUUGGGGGUGGCCUAUCGUGGCCUCUGGUUGUACCCUCGGCGCUCUGUGUGCCUUCCUCGCCAGCAGAACAAUCCUCAGCGGCUACGUCGACCGCAUGGUCGGCCGGGACCAUCGCUUCAUCGCCCUGGGUCAGGUCCUGCGCCAGGAGGGCAUCUGGUACCUCACAGCUAUCCGUUUCUGUCCGCUGCCGUUUAGCCUGAGCAAUGGCUUCCUAGCCACCAUCCCCAGCAUCACCCCGCUAAGCUUUACCCUCUCGACUGCAUUGUCAAGCCCCAAGCUGCUCGUCCAUGUCUUCAUCGGCAGCCGUAUCGCCCUCCUCGCCGAAAAGGGCGACACGAUGACGGCCGGCGACAAGGCCAUCAACUACCUGAGCAUGUUGAUUGGCGCCGCCGUGGGUAUCAUCGUCGGUCUCGUCAUCUACCGUCGCACCAUGGCCCGGGCCGCCCAGCUCGCCCGCGAGGAGGGCCUGGACCCGGAUGCCCUGGCCACCACCGAGGAGGGUGAGGCUGGGUACCUGGAUUCGGACAAUUCUCCCCUGAUGGACCCCGAGGAUGCGGCUGUGCUCAUGUCUGACGAUGACAUUUCGCUGUGGGAGAGGGAUGGCUUGGAGAAUGGGUACCACGAUGACGACGACGAUGAGGAGUCGAGUAAGAGAAGGGAUUAG